UUUUAUUCAGACAUCUUUAUUAGCAUGGUGAUUUCGCGUCUUGCUAUAAGCCAAAUGUAAUUUUUCUAAAGAUUUGAAUUAAAAUAGCAAUACCUUUUAUCAUUAAAUUAUUAGUUUAAUUGUUAUCAUUGCUACGUGAAUGAGUUGGAGUUGAGUUUAAAACCCCUAAUGGACCAUAAACAAUAAAAUGGCGUCCGGUUUUUUGUGUGUGCGAUAAAAUUAUUGUUUUCAUGAAAUCUUAAGAUUUAUCUCAGUUUCGGCUAUGUAGUGAUAUUUAUUAGUAUUUAAAUAGAGAUAUGAUUAGUCUUAGCGUGUCUAAUAAACUAAAUCACUCAUUGUUUGUGGAAAAUAAUGUGCGUGUCAGUUCUGCUCAUAGCGUCGUUGUCCUAUGCCGCCUUUUAUAUUGAGUUGAUUAAACUAAUUUACGAAGAUUUCUUCGUGUAGACUUGUCUCAGUCAGUCAAUAAAAGCAUCGUUAACUAUGAAUUUACAUAGAUAGUAGGUUUUUGUCGGCAUUGUGAUCGAUGAGUGCGUUGUGCGUUUGUAGUUGUGAAAGCGUACAUACAUGUUCGUAAUGUUAAAACUGUCAUGAGGAUUCUUGUUUACUAUCAAAUAGCGAAUUUGUGUUAGUGAAUUAGUUUUAUCAAUUGUAAUGAAUUGUAUUUGUUGUUAAAAAUGUGUAUGCCUACUCCAAACAAUGUUUCGGGCUUCGGUUACUCGUGGGGCUUCACAAGUUCCGCGGACCUUUCGAAGGGCGAAGUGGAAACACCGAGUAGUUUGAGCUAUACCCUAGGAAAUACGGUGUCUCCAGAAACAACCCUAACUGUUAUGUCCCAUAAAACACCGCAAGUUCAAGAAAAAGUUGGUGCCGUCACUGUAGCUGUGUCAAAUUCAGGGGCUCAGUUGACAAGGGUGGUUACUACAGGUACGCCAGUCACUGGGAGACGUGCAAUGUUUGUAGUCAAUGAUGCCACAACGCACACCAUCAACAGAGUCUCGCAACAGAAUCAGACUGCAACUAUACAUACCAACCUUGCUGCUAAGCCGUUUAUGACACCGAUAGGACCCAUACAGCUAACUGCAGAAGAAUGCAACGAAAUUCUCAUGAAGAGAGCUUUACAAGCACAAGGCAUUGCAACUCCUGUGAUAGAUGCUUCGCAACUUAAUCAUACUAUUCUAAAUGGAGGUUUGAAGGGUCUAGCAGAGGCUACGGUACAACAAACUCAAGCGGAAACCAUUCAGACAACCACAGUACAUCAACAUCAUUUGUUGCAUACCAAACAGGAACCUGGAACUGCUAAUAACUCGCCGAAAACGGUAUAUUCUCAGGCGGAACUGCUGAACACCAAUUCCGUGAUGACGACAGCGCCCCCUGCCGCCGUCAAGGAGAGACCCUAUGGAUGUGACGAGUGCGGGAAGUCAUUCCUGUUGAAACAUCAUCUAACUACACAUGCCAGAGUUCAUACAGGUGAAAGGCCACAUGUAUGCGCUCACUGCGGCAAGGCGUUUGCGAGGAAGCAUUGCCUGAACACACACUUACUCCUGCAUUCUGCGCAGAGGCCGUAUAGGUGUGACGAGUGUAAGAUGGCGUUUACAUUGAAACAUCACCUCGUUACUCAUUCUAGGGUCCACAGUAGAGAACGUCCGUUUGUAUGCAACGAGUGCGGGCGCGGGUUUCCGUUGAAGCGCCAUCUAGUGACGCACAGCAAGUACCACGCGGGGGAGCGACCCUACGUCUGCAGUGAUUGUGGAGAGAGCUUCGCGCAAAAGGAGCACCUAGUAAUGCACAGUCGUUUCCACGGCUCUCUAUCUCCGUACGUGUGUCCGGACUGCGGCGUGACGUUCGCGCGCAAGUUCCAGCUCGUCAACCACGGCAGGGUCCAUGGGAGAGUGCCGCACUCUUGUCCAGUCUGUGGGAAGGAGUUCCUGCAGAAACGGACGCUCGUUGGGCACAUGAAAAUCCACACAGGAGAGGGCGCAGUAGCAUGUCUAGAUUGCGGCGAAGCCUUUAAAUGCAAGUCGGAAUUGCAACAACAUUGCAAGAUGACGCGACACUGUCUGCCCGCGCAACAACAACAACAUCAACAACAACACCAACAACAACAGCAACAACAAGCCCAGCAACAAGCACAGCAACAAGCGCAACAACAGGCCCAGCAACAAGCACAACAACAAGCCCAGCAACAGGCACAGCAACAAGCCCAGCAACAGGCGCAACAACAGCAACAGCAGCAGCAACAACAGCAACAACAAACAACUGUGAUAAAACAAGAUGAUUUUAAACCGCAAAUUGUACAGGUUAUUGGUGCAGAUGGUCAAAUAGUAUCGGAAAAAGCUAGUCCGGGGUACGCAUGUCCAGAAUGUGGGUCCUGUUUCAACACGAAGCAUUUUCAAAUAGGACCAUUCCAUACUAUAUUCACUCGUUUUAUAAUCCCAGACCAGCCCAACAUACAGAUAAUUUCUUCAAACGCAAACAACGUUGGGCAUACACAAGUUAUAGCUUCCAAUCAUCAAAUAAAUACUCCCAGACCGAAAGUUCACUUCUGUGGCGACUGCGGGAAAGGGUUCGCAGCUAAACAUGGAUUAAUAGCGCAUCAAAGGAGACACCCGGACGGUAGCUGUACGCUGCGGACCCACGUGUGCGACCAGUGCGGGAAGGCAUUCUUCCAGAAGAACCAUCUCAUGCUGCAUCAACGGCAACACAUGGACCUGCCGCCUAGAGCUAGUCAAGGCCAAACUGUAACGCAACAACAAACUACACAACAACAAGUGCAACAGGCAACGCAACAACAAGUACAGCAACAGGUGCAACAACAGGUGCAGCAACAGGUGCAACAACAGGUGCAACAACAUCAAGUGCAACACCAGACGCACCAAGCACUGGAACUGGAGCAGGAACACCAGCAGGCCACGCAUAUACAAGUUGUGACGAAUAGAUCCGGUCAGGUAAUCGGCAACCAGAUCGUUGUGGGAGGUCUUAGUGGGGGGCGCCGUCUCGUUGCUCCUCUACACAUCGUGAGCCGUGACGUCAAGCCCAACCUGUCACAUCUGCACAAACACCACGCACGGCAACAUACCACCAGCGGUGAUGCAAAAGAAGUCGGUGGUCUAGUCCUGUCAGCAGGUCGGACUGGCCUUAUAAAGUACGAGAUCUCCCUCCCUCCCCCAACGUCUGUAGUGCAAGUGCAACAGCUAGACUGAGUAAAGCGAGACCCAGACGAACCUAUGGUCGUUUGGAUGAAAAAGUGACAGUGACAUGUGAAAGUGAGUGACAGUGACAGUUAUACAGUGACAUUAGUGCAGUGGUGCGAUUCUAGUAUGCUUGUACGAGACUACGAGAUUUGAUUAGAAGAGCAAUAAUUAAAUUGGGGUAAUAUUUGUGAUAGCAGUAUUUUUCUGUGUUGCAAUGUUUGAAGCUUCUGUUGUUAUUAAAAGGAUUGUGGGAUGCAUGUAGUUGUGAAGGUGCAUACAGAUAGAAAGCAGGACUUUCUAGCUGAUAUACCGCGACUCCGACACUGGGCUGAAGUUGGAACUGAGUGACUUGUAGUUAAUAAGAGACUGACACUACUCCAAAUUCACCCAAGAUGGCGUGAGUUUGUGUGGGUCAUUCAGUGGUUCCAACCUUACAAAAAAAGACUUCAAAAUAGCUUAAGCAACAAAACAAUGUGGUCAUGUAUGAUGUUGUGAAUCUUAUGUUUUUGGAAAUAAAGUUGAAAUUCUAUCAAAGAUGUCUUAUAAUCUAGUUGCAAGUCGCAAUAAUGUUUCCCAAAGUUUCAUGCAUUCCAAUUAAACUUUACAUAGAGGGUGAUUCUAUUGUAAAGGUUGCAAUUACAUAAUUGGCUAGCAUUUAAGCGUACACUGCCAUUUAAGCAAUAAAAAGAAUUGUUGUUGAGACAAUGGAAUCACAAUCUAAUGAACUGGGCAUUAGAGUUGAGUUUGUAGACAUUAAUUAUUUCUCUGUUGCACUAUGCCACAAGAGGGGUGUCAAUAUAAAGUGCUGCUUUAUUAGUAGACCUUUCACAUAAAGGCUGUUCUGAAAGUGAAAAUCUUAUUCUUGCCCAUUUCUUUUGCAUGAUAACACAACUUAAUUGAUGUUGUUGUUGAUUUAUUUCAUAAUAUCAUAUCAAUGAAAUCAUCAGCUGGCAGUAUAUUAAAGUACUAUUCUAACUUCAGUUUGUAUUUCAUGAAACAUUGUUUAUUGUCCAAAUAAAUUUAAUAUUUAAUAAAAGAGUCCACUAAUAAGGUUUUACCUUAUAACUAACAUAACCCAUUCAAUGUCUAUUUAUCUCAACUUAAAAGUAUAUGAAAAUCCCUGUCACUGCCAUGGAUCUUGAUUUACAAUUUAUUUACAAAACUUAUUGUUAGUCUUGUAAAUAAUUUCUUAUUGUGUUCUAAGUACAAUGCUUUGCAAAAAUAACUAUAUUUAUGAGAAUAAAAAUGCUGAAUUAUGUCAGUACAAUAAAAUGGCAGUCUGAUUGUGUUCAAUUUUAUAUACCAUUGUUAAUUAUGUUUUGGGACACUUGUUAAUGUGUUUGUUAGUAAAAUUAAACUGUUUUGUAAUCUGGGGUCAUAACAGGACCCCUACCAUUACAUAAACCCCUCUUAAACAAAAUAUAAUAUUAGUAGAUAGCACUUUUAUUAUUGUACACAAUCAAGCAUACCUAAUCCUUUCGCCCUAGGGUAGCAAAAAUAAUGUGUUAC